CACACACACACACAUACACACGCCGGUGCUCUGUCUCAGUGUCCCUCUGUUCCUCUCCGCCGAGCCAUGAAACAGAUGCUGUUCGACCUGAUGAGGAUGAGCAGGAUUUGCCGGAUGGUCCUCGCCACAUGUUUGGGAUCUUUUAUCCUGGUCAUCUUUUAUUUCCAAAGUAUGUUCCAGCCAGUAAUGAGACACAACCCGUUUGCAGCAGAGGGCUGCUGUAGAAGAGGCUCAAGAAAUGCACUGCAGGAGCUUUACAACCCCACACAGACGGAGUUCUCAAAGGCAGCACUUCUCCAUCAGGCUCGGCGGGACCAAGUGGCCCAGACAUGUCGUGCCCACAGUGCCUCGAGCCGCAAACGGCACGUACUGACGCCUGGCGACCUAAAACACUUAGUAGUGGAUGAAGAACAUGAGAUGAUCUACUGCUACGUGCCCAAGGUGGCGUGCACCAACUGGAAGCGGGUUAUGAUGGUCCUGAGCGGGCAUGGCAAGUACAGCGAUCCCAUGGAGAUCCUACCCAGUGAAGCACACGUGGCCUCGAACCUGAAGACGCUUAACCAGUACAGCAUCGCUGACAUCAACCAUCGCUUAAAAAACUACUUCAAGUUCAUGUUUGUGCGCGAGCCCUUCGAGCGCCUAGUGUCAGCAUACCGCAACAAGUUCACACUGCGCUACAACACGUCCUUCCACAAGCGCUACGGUACACGUAUAGUCAGGCGGUACCGCAAGAACGCUACGGCCGAAGCGCUUCAGAGUGGCAGUGAUGUCAAAUUCACAGAGUUCGCAGGGUACCUCGUAGAUCCAGCCACACAGCGUGAGGCGCCACUGAAUGAGCACUGGCAGACAGUGUAUGCCCUGUGCCACCCUUGCCACAUCCACUACGACCUGGUGGGCAAGUACGAAACACUGGAGGAGGAUGCUGACUACGUGCUAAGGUUGGCCGGUGUGUCUGACUCGCUACACUUUCCGCCCUACGCCAAGUCAACCCGCACCACCGAUCAGAUGGCGGCCAUGUUUUUCAACAACAUCAGUGCACUGCAACAGAGCCAGCUCUAUCAGCUUUACAAGAUGGACUUCCUGAUGUUUAACUACUCCACUCCAAGUUACCUGAAGGAGCAGUAGGAAGGGUUGUUGCACAAAUCACGCACAUUUUUAAACGCACAUCUGCGCGAACACAUACUCAAAGCUGAGCUUAACUUAAUCAGAACAUUGACGUGAAAAGAAAUGGUCAAUGAGGUGCUUGAUGAAUUGGCGCCAGUGAAAAAGCAGAACAAAAAAACUCAGAACUUUUGGAUACUUGUGGAAAUAUGUAAUCCACGGAUGGUCAGUCUGCUGUAGGGUGAAGAGGUACAGUAUGGUGAUGAAUACAGGAAGAUUUGUACUGUAUCUGGUCAUGGUUUCAUGUUCGAUGAGUAUUCAGGUAAACCUGACGUCUCCGUGUUACUACACCCAUCUAUCAGAUUGUAAGAUAAAGAUCAUGUUACUGUUUCUAUUCCCAGUCAUCAUUAAGCAAUAUGAAUCUGAGCCACAGGCUCAUUUACUGUAAUAAGUAAAGAUCUCACCCGCCUACCUAUUCAAACACUUGAUGAGCGAAAGACUCUUGUGGAUAUCUACAAUGAUACUGAAACCUCAGCUGACUUCUAUUACACCCCAAAUACAGAAGUAAAGUUGUGGGCUGUACUUAAGCAAGCUCAUUUUAGUGUUAUUUAUAGUCGGUCCUCUAACUACAGCCUUCUCCUGUGUGAAGACUGUAUGUGUACAGUAAUUAUAUGACGCAUAUGUAAAGGAGGACCUUUGUGUUCACACAGGAGGAUGUGAAAACGACAUUGAGAGGUGCCUUUGUGAUGUGGGUGUAUCCUGCUUCUCUUACCACUCAGUAGCUGUACUGCAUUCGAACGUCACGGGUCGGCAAGAGGUCGUUAUUCAUUAAGGGGGUAGCACCGAGAAAUAUCAGCCAUCUUAAGAUAAUUAAAGGAAUAUUUCUUGUUUUUGUUUUGUUUUUAUUGACUUCUGAAAGGGAGCUGCAAGCAGCGAACAAAACAUUAUUUAAAAUACAUUGUAAAAUGAAACAAAAAAAAGCACGAUUUAAUUUUAUGAUGGAUUUAUAAAUGGCAGUAUUGAUUUUUAAAGUUUUUUUUAUGUGUAUUCAAUGCUUCAAUAUUGCUCAGCUCUUGAGUGGAUCAUGUGUUUUUUUCCAAGGAAAGCAAAGACUCUGUUUUCUGAACUGUUCUCAUAGGAACGAUUUAUUCAGACAGACUUUGAGUCAAAGAGAGAGCGAGAGAGAGUGAAGGAGAUGAGAUGAGAGAAAGAAAUUCUAGACUGGAUCUGUUUCCUGCAUUAAACCCGUUUGUUCCAUUUUAAUGUCUUUAUCCCAAUUUGAGCUCUUCAAAGGAACACAUGCUUUCAUUUGUAGAAUUGUCUUUUUAUGGCCCUUUUUUUUUGUUAUGACUGUGAAUGAGAAGAGUCUGAAAAUGGUGAAAUUGCCUACUUAUGUGUCUGACAGCCACGAGUGUCUGUCACUGAGCUUGUCUACAUGACUGUACAAAAAUCCUACACUGGUAAAGUAAAGGUGACUCAGUCUAACACCAGCUUUCUCUUUCAUCCGGGUGGCCGGACAGAUUAGCAUGCCUGGAUAAAUAAACGCCUGUUAGCAUUUUU